AUGGGAAAUCCAAUUAUCAAGUAAAAUAUAGAAUAAUUGUAAAGCAAAAAUGAUUUUUAUAAGGUUUUCGCUUCAUUAAAACAUAUGGAUGUAGAAUUCUUCAGCCUUUUGUUUGAAAGGUUGAAAUUAGAAAAGGUUGAAGAUUCUCUAGAAUUUCUUUCAGAAAGGAUGAAUCAAAAGAAAGAUGCAAUUUUUGAAGAAAGAAAGUAGGAAUGCAUGAAAAUGACUUAUAUUCUCAAAAAAAUGAAAAAUCAUGAUUUUAAUAAGCAGAAUUAUUCCUUAGAUGAAUACGAAGGAAUGAGAUAACAUAUUAUCAUAAAAAUAACUUAGGAUAAGAAGAUCAUAGAACUAUUAAAAUUUUUUGUUCAUCUUACAUCUUUAGAUGACAAAUACAUAUAGUGUGGAUCAAAUGCUUUUCAUUUAUUAGUUGAAAUGAAGGAGGAUUUAAAAAAAUAAUCAUUUGAAAAUAUAAGAAUUAGAAAUACUUCACUGGUGGGAGCUAACUUAGUGAGAUGCAACUUGAGUGGAUCAGAAUUUGACAAUAUCAAUAUUAGUGGAAUGAAUUUGAGUGAAGCAAAAUUAAUUAAUUGUAAAUGGAGGAAUUUAAUAAUAAAUGAGGUGAUGAAGUUAAAAUGUAAUAGAGGUAGAGUAAAUAAUGUUUGCUUUUCUUUAGAUGGUUAGAUAUUAGUUUCUUGCAGCGGUGAUAAUUCUAUACUUUGUUGGGAUGUUAGAACUGGAAAUAUAAAGUUUAUUUUUAAGUGUAAGAGGGAAGCAUAAUGUGUGUGCUUCUCACCAAAUAGUCAGACAUUAGCUUAUUCCAGUUACAAAUUUGUGUAUUUGUGGAAUUUGAAAAUAGGGAAAUAAGUAUAGAAAUUUGAUGGUCAUACUAAUUAUGUUAAAUCGGUGUGUUUCUCUCCUGAUAGUACUACAUUAGCAUCUGGUGAUUCAGCUCAUACUAUCAAAUUAUGGGAUGUUGUGACAGGAUAAUAAAAAUGCAAAUUAGAUAGUCAUUAUGGUUAUGUUAAAUCAGUAUGCUUUUCUCCUGAUGGUAAGAUAUUAGCAUCCGGUGGUUCAGACAAUUAUAUUCUUUUAUGGGAUGUUAAUACAGGAUUAUAACAAGUCAAAAUAUAUGUUAAUUACUCUGUCAACACAGUCUGCUUCUCUCCUGAUGGUACUACAUUAGCAUCUGGUAGUGAUGAUUAUUUAAUUCGUUUAUGGGAUGUUUAGACGGGAUAACAAAAGGCACGAUUAAAUGGUCAUCAGAGUAUAGUUAUAUCAGUCUGUUUCUCUCCUGACGGUACUACAUUAGCAUCUGGUAGCGGAGAUAACUCUGUCUGUCUAUGGGAUAUUAAGACAGGAUAAUAAAUAGCCAAAUAAAUUGGUCACAUUGAUUGGGUUAAUUCAGUUUGUUUCUCUCCUGAUGGUACUACAUUAGCAUCUGGUAGCCUAGAUUAGACUGUCUGUUUAUGGGAUGCUAAGAUGGGAUAAUAAAAAGUACGAUUAGAUGGUCACCAAAGGGUUGUUAAAUCAAUUUGUUUCUCUCCUGAUGGUACUACAUUAGCAUCUGGUAGUUAUGAUAAGACUAUCCGUUUAUGGGAUGUUAAUACAGGAAAAUAAAAAACAAAAAUAGAUAGUGGUUUUUAAGUCAACACAGUCUGUUUCUCUUCAGAUGGUACUACAUUAGCAUCUGGUUGUGAAUAUUACUCCAUCUGUUUGUGGGAUGUUAAAACCAAAAAUUAAAAAGCUAAAUUAGGCGAUCUAAAUAAUAAUUUUAGAUCAAUCUGUUUCUCUCCUUAUGGUAUGUUAUUAGCAUAUGGUAGUGCAGAUAAGUAUAUUAGUUUGGAGGAUGUUAAAACAAGAUAAUAAAAGGCCAAAUUAGUCGGUCAUACUAGUUAUGUCUAAUCACUAUGUUUUUCUCUUGAUAGUUCGACGUUAGCAUCUGGUGGUGGAGAUAAAUCUAUACUGUUAUGGAAUGUUUAGACUGGAAAAUUAAAAGCCAAAUUUGAUGGUCAUUCAGGAACAAUUUAUUCAGUCAACUUCUCUCCCGAUGGUACAACAAUAGCAUCUGGUAGCGAAGAUAAGUCUAUCCGUUUAUGGGAUAUUAGGACAGGAUAAUAAAAAGCCAAAUUAGAUGGUCAUUCAUCAUAAGUUAAUUCAAUUUGUUACUCUCCUGAUGGUACCACAUUAGCAUCUGGUAGUGAUGAUAACUCUAUCCGUUUAUGGGAUGUUAAGAAAGGAUAAUAAAAAGCCAAAUUAGAUGGUCAUUGUUCAAAAGUCUUUUCAGUCAAAUUCUCUCCUGAUGGUACUAAAUUAGCAUCUUGUGGAGAUAGUUUGAUUCGUUUAUGGGAUGUAAAAUCUGUAUUGACAAAUAACUUACUUUAAGAAAAUGGUAUUUAUAGUUCAUUAUACUUUAGCUACCACUGGAAUUACGACUCUACUAAUUUCUUAAAAUCCAAAUUUCGAUACUUAAGGAGCAUUAAUCUUAAAAGGAGAAUUUGUAAACCAUUGUGGUGUAGAUCUAAAGUCAUUAAUAAAAUCUAAAGGAGGUUGCAUUUUAGAAAGCUAAAUUGAAUUACAAUAAAAUUGA